CGCUCCGCCCCGCGAAGCCCCUGAGCGCCCGGGGACUCGGCCCCCCCGCCGCCGCUGCCGCGCCGCGCUCCGCCGUGUGGCCGCUGCCGCCGCCGCUGCCAUGUCCCCGGGGAAGCCCGGGGCGGGCGGAGCGGGGACGAGGCGCACGGGCUGGGGGAGGAGGAGGCGGAGGCGGCGGCUGGACGCAGCGACGACCACGGGGCCCGACUCGCGCGGCCCGGGCACGUUGCAGGGCGCGCGGGGCAUGAAGCCGGCGGCGCGGGCGGCGCGGCCCCCUCGGCGCUCGCCCGGGCUGCGCUGGGCGCUGCCGCCGCUGCUGCUGCUGCUGCGCCUGGGCCAGAUCCUGUGCACAGGUGAUGAGUCCAGCGCGGUGUUUGACAUCCGUGUGGUGCGUGUCACCACAACGGAAAUGGAGUUGGAGUGGCAGAGCACAGACAAUGCUUCCCAGUACACCUACCAUUUAGAUAUACAACCUGAGGUCAGCUCUGAUGAAACGGUCACUCAUCACAAAGCAAUCACUCUAACGGGCCUAAUGCCGGGCACCCUGUAUAACAUCACAAUCACUCCAGAAAUGGGUGGUGUCCGAGGGAACUCCAGCUCCAUUGCAGCAUACACACGGCCCAGCAGUGUGUCCAACAUUAAAAUAAAUACCAACACCACAGCAGCAGCCUUUAGUUGGCAGAACUUUGAUAAUGCCUCUAGUACGUACACUUACCGCCUUCUUGUUGGUGGAAAUCACAGCAGCCCAAAGGAAGAAAUCACAGCUGUUGGAAUCACCUCUGCUGUAGUCGCUGGCUUGAAACCUGGCUCAUCUUACACAGUAGAGAUCUUCGCACAAGUUGGGAAUGUCACUGAGGGGGAAUCUAGGUCUGAAUUAUUCUGUACAGAUUCUAGUCAGGUGUUAGGCAUCCGAGUUGUGAGCAUCAAUGCCACAAGCAUGAACCUGACCUGGGAAAUCAGUGAUAACGUGUCAUCCUCUGAUUAUACCUUCCAAAUACAAGUUGUGGGGGAGACCAAGUCCUUCAAUCUCACUGCCCAUGUGACACAUGUUGUCAUCCCUGGACUCACAUCCAGCACUUUAUACAACAUCACCGUGUAUCCUCUACAAGACGGUGGUUCUGAGGGCUCACCUGGCUUUCUCCAAGCAUAUACUCCCCCUGGUCCAGUCUCCGACUUUCGAGUGACGAGUGUUGGUACAACGGAAAUUGGCCUGGCUUGGAGUAGCAGUGACUCAGACUCCUUUAAGAUACUUAUCAAAUGGGAUGGAGCUGGAGAACCUCGGAAUGAAACAACCACCAACAAUAUUAUUAUCAUUGGUGGCUUGAGCCCUGGGACCAAGUAUCACUUUGAAAUAUUUCCACAAGGACCAAAUGGGACACAAGGGCCACCUCAAACAGUUGAAGGUCAAACUGAGUCCAGCGCGGUGUUUGACAUCCGCGUGGUGCGUGCCACCACAACGGAAAUGGAGUUGGAGUGGCAGAGCACAGACAAUGCUUCCCAGUACACCUACCAUUUAGAUAUACAACCUGAGGUCAGCUCUGAUGAAACGGUCACUCAUCACAAAGCAAUCACUCUAACGGGCCUAAUGCCGGGCACCGUGUAUAACAUCACAAUCACUCCAGAAAUGGGUGGUGUCCGAGGGAACUCCAGCUCCAUUGCAGCAUACACACAUCCCGUGUUUGACAUUAAAGCUGUUUCCAUCAGUCCAACAAAUGUGAUCCCAACCUGGAAAGAAAAUGACACAGCUGGUUCUGAGAACGUGUAUGGAAUAAAGAAUGAAGUGGACAAUGAGUCGUCAAUCCUUUUUGCAAGUAAAAAAAAUGACAGCAUUACAGACUUAAAUCCAGCAGCUUCAUAUACAUUCUCUGUCACUCCAGAAGUAGUCGACAGGACUCAGGGAGAAACUAUGGUCAUAAAUGUCACAACAGAGCCUAACCCGGUCUCUGGUCUUCAUGUCACCUUCAUGGGGAUGACAGAGGUUGCUCUUACCUGGUGUAAUGAACAUGGCACUGCCAACUGCCGAAUGCUCUUUGAACAUAUUGGAAGCCAAGAGGAUUUGACUCAAGACUCAGCAUUCAAUAUUUCUGUCCUAAAGCCAGGGACUCAAUACUGGUUCACCCUGUCUUCUCUAAUAUCAGAUGAGACACAGGAAGACCCAAAAGGUGAUGUAGGUGCCAACAACACAGAGAGAAGCCCAGGAGAGAAGCCACCCCAAAACCACACUGCCCCUGCAGACUCAUCCUGUCACCAGGGGUCCCAGGGCACAGAAGUCCAUCUUGUUGGAUUAAAGCCUGGUACACUGUACAAGGCCACUAUUUAUUCUCAAGCAGCAGAUGGCACUGAAGGACAACCCCAGGUCAUAGAGUUUAGGACAAAUUCUAGUCAGGUGUUAGGCAUCCGAGUUGUGAGCAUCAAUGCCACAAGCAUGAACCUGACCUGGGAAAUCAGUGAUAAUGUGUCAUCCUCUGAUUACACCUACCAAAUACAAGUUGUGGGGGAGACCAGGUCCUUCAAUCUCACUGCCCAUGUGACACAUGUUGUCAUCCCUGGACUCACAUCCAGCACUUUAUACAACAUCACCGUGUAUCCUUUACAAGACGGUGGUUCUGAGGGCUCACCUGGCUUUCUCCAAGCAUAUACUCCCCCUGGUCCAGUCUCUGACUUUCGAGUGACGAGUGUCAGUACAACGGAAAUUGGCUUGGCUUGGAGUAGCAGUGACUCAGACUCCUUUAAGAUACUUAUCAAAUGGGAUGGAGCUGGAGAACCUCAGAAUGAAACAACCACCAAUCAUACUAUUAUCAUUGGUGGCUUGUACCCUGGGACCAAGUAUCACUUUGAAAUAUUUCCACAAGGACCAAAUGGGACACAAGGGCCACCUCGAACAGUUGAAGGUCAAACUGAGUCCAGCACGGUGUUUGACAUCCGCGUGGUGCGUGCCACCACAACGGAAAUGGAGUUGGAGUGGCAGAGCACAGACAAUGCUUCCCAGUACACCUACCAUUUAGAUAUACAACCUGAGGUCAGCUCUGAUGAAACGGUCACUCAUCACAAAGCAAUCACUCUAACGGGCCUAAUGCCGGGCACCCUGUAUAACAUCACAAUCACCCCAGAAAUAGACGGUGUCCGAGGGAACUCCAGCUUCAUUGCAGCAUACACACGGCCCAGCAGUGUGUCCAACAUUAAAAUAAAUACCAACACCACAGCAGCAGCCUUUAGUUGGCAGAACUUUGAUAAUGCCUCUAGUACGUACACUUACCGCCUUCUUGUUGGUGGAAAUCACAGCAGCCCAAAGGAAGAAAUCACAGCUGUUGGAAUCACCUCUGCUGUAGUCGCUGACUUGAAACCUGGCUCAUCUUACACAGUAGAGAUCUUCGCACAAGUUGGGAAUGUCACUGAGGGGGAAUCUAGGUCUGAAUUAUUCUGUACAGAUGCUGCACCAGUGGUGGGCUUCCAGUGUAAGCCAGUCCCCAAAGAGCCAACCUUGGUUCUCACGUGGGCCUGCCCUCCUGGUGCCAACACGGGCUUUCAGCUGGAGGUCAGCAGUGGAGCCUAUAACGUUACAUGCCCGGAGAACUGCCCCUUGGAGAACGGCACGAGCUGCACGGCAAAUGUCACACAUCUGAAUUUUUAUACCUCGUAUAACAUCAGCAUCACCACCUUGUCCUGUGGAAAGAAUGCAUCCUCCGCCCCAGAAAACUGCAUCACUAGUGUCACAGACCCUCCUCGUCCAGAUGAAUCCCCUAGCAUCACACCUGUCAGUCACAAUUCAAUAAAGGUCAAUUUCGGUGGAUUUAAGGACAGCCACGGACCCAUCAAAGCCUACGCUAUCAUUCUUACCACCGGGCAGGCUAAGCAUCCAUUGCCAGAUGUUUUGAAAUAUACAUAUAAAGAUUUCAAAAAUGGGACCUCAGAUACUUAUGUGACAUACCUCAUAACAACAGACAAGGAGAGGUGUCCUCAGGGCUUCUCUGAAGUCUUGAAACAUGAAAUUGAUGUCGGAAACGAGGCAAAAACAUGUGGCUAUUUCAAUGGGAAGUUAACACCUCUUGGCUCCUACCGGGCUUCUGUGGCUGGUUUCACCCAUGUUGUCUUUAACCCUCAUAACUACGGACUCAUAGAUGGAACCCAGAGCUACGUGUCCUUCAGUGACUAUUCAAAGGCCGUUUCCUUGCCCCAGGAUCCAGGUGUCAUCUGUGGAGCAGUGUUUGGCUGUAUCUUUGGUGCCCUGGUUAUUGUGGCUGCAGGAGGCUUCGUCUUUUGGAGAAAGAGAAGGAAAGAUGCAAAGAAUAAUGAAGUGUCCUUUUCUCAAAUUAUAUCCAAGUUAAUCAAAGUGGAGAAUUUUGAGGCCUACUUUAAGAAGCAACAAGCUGACUCCAACUGUGGGUUUGCAGAAGAAUAUGAAGACCUGAAGCUUGUUGGAAUUAGUCAACCUAAAUAUGCAGCUGAGCUGGCUGAGAACAGAGGAAAGAAUCGCUAUAAUAAUGUUCUGCCCUAUGAUGCUUCCCGUGUCAAACUUUCAGUCCAGACCCAUUCAACUGAUGACUACAUCAAUGCAAACUACAUGCCUGGAUACCAUUCCAAAAAAGAUUUUAUUGCUACACAAGGACCUUUACCUAACACUUUGAAAGAUUUUUGGCGUAUGGUUUGGGAGAAAAAUGUAUACGCCAUCGUUAUGUUGACCAAAUGUGUUGAACAGGGAAGGACCAAAUGUGAGGAGUACUGGCCCUCCAAGCAGGCUCAGGACAACGGGGACAUAACUGUGGCAAUGACAUCAGAAAUUGUUCUUCCGGAAUGGACCAUCAGAGAUUUCACCAUCAAAAAUGUCCAGACAAGUGAGAGUCACCCUCUGCGACAGUUCCAUUUUACCUCCUGGCCUGACCAUGGUGUUCCCGACAACACUGACCUGCUCAUCGGCUUCCGGGAUCUGGUUCGUGACUAUGUGAAGCAGAGUCCUCCUGAGACGCCCAUUCUGGUGCACUGCAGUGCUGGGGUUGGAAGGACAGGCACUUUCAUUGCCAUUGAUCGUCUUAUCUAUCAGAUAGAGAUUGAGAACGCUGUGGAUGUGUACGGGAUUGUGUAUGACCUUCGAAUACACAGGCCUUUAAUGGUACAAACAGAGGACCAAUAUGUUUUCCUCAAUCAGUGUGUUUUGGAUAUUAUUCGAUCCCAGAAGAACUCCAAGGUAGAUCUCAUCUACCAGAACACAACUGCAAUGACAAUCUAUGAAAAUUUUAUAUCAGUGCCAGGGUGUGGAAAGACAAAUGGUUACAUCGCCUGAUUCCAAAGGAAAACCUUUCUGGAGUUAACCAGAACAUCACACCCACAGCAAAGGAGAACGCCCUGCUGUUGACAUGUUUUUAUAUGUCUGCUAUCUUAAAUCUGUUCUGUUUUGUCCCAACUAAUUUUGAGGGCUUGAAGCUGCACAUAUAUGACAUGACAAUUGAGAAGUCGGGGCGAACAGGGGCUGUGGAUGGGUGGUGAGCAGCUCAACUGCGUUCCUGAUUACCAAUGGGAUGAGUUUGCUUUUUUUUUUUCCCCCUUGAGGAUUAUGGAAAACCAGGAAAAAUGAGCUGUAAUUAUUAUUUUUUUUCUUUUUCAAAACAGGUUCUUUUUAAAAAAGACUAUUUUGUAUGAUUCGCGUGCUAAAGCCAGGAUUGUGUUGGGUUGAAUAUAUUUUAAGUAUCAGAGGUCUAUUUUUACCUACUGUAUCUUGGAAUCUAGCUGAUGGAAAAUACAUAAUUGUGGCUGAUUGUCAUGUAGGGAGGGGUAUGUGGGGCCUCUUCCGCAUGACUUUUCUAUUUGAACAUGUGCCUUUUCUGAAUUAUGCUUCCACAGGCAAAACUCAGUAGAUAUCUAUAUUUUUGUAUUGGAUCUCACAAUUGGAAUAUACGGCAUAUUUAAACAGUAGUUUGGUAUCAAAGGUUCUGCCUUCUUGGUAACAUUCCUGUUCUCGCUUGAUUAGAGGAGGUCUCUUCACUCCCCCUUGCCUCCAUACACUUGUGCUCCAGUUUUUCUUCCCCUUUCCCUCCUACUUUUCCCCAAAGACUCUUCUGCUGGCAACAUUUUCAGCCCAGUGGUUGGGUUAGAGUGGAAACGAAAAUAUCAUCUUGAGAAUUUCCAGGCAAAGAAGAGGAACCCCAUGGAGACAUAAUCUCCUUUUCUUGACCCUCUUUUUAUCCUUUUUCUCAUUUCUGUAUUUGGUAAGAAGGAUUCUUUAAAGGUGCAAUAUGUGACUUAGUGAUUCAUGAUGCUCUAGGUUUUUAGUAACGUUUUACUCAGGUUGGCAUUUUAUGUGUGUGUGUUUCCGUGUGUGUGCGUGUGUGUUUCAAAGCGUGGCAAUCUGUGAAACACUUUCAGUGUGAAAACAGUGUCAAAUUAGCCCUUCUUCCCCCAAUUCCACUGGCUUUAGUCUCUCUCCGCAGUGACACAUAUUGGUAUCUACUAUAUAUAUAUAUAUAUACAUACACACACACCAAACUCUCAAAACGGUCAUUUGUAUGAGUCAGAAGUGAGGUGUACAAAGUUUGAAUUUGUAUCAAAGAUGUAAUUAUUAUUUUUAAACCUCUUUUCACUAUACUGCUGCUGUAAUUUUUGAUUUUUUAAAAAUGUAGAUUAAUUUUUUUUUUUUUUUUUGGGCUUCAGGUGUAUAUCCACCAAGAAUUUCAGAAUUUACGUGGAUUUAUUUUACUGGUACAUAAUCUGUAGACUUCUCAAGGCAUUAACAUGAAAGGAUUUGUUUCUUUUUAUUUUAUAUUGUGGCUCAGGUGAUAUUUUGCAGAAGUUUUGAGUUUAUCCUCCAACAGUCAAUGAAGUAUACAAGGACUUAUGAAGGAAUAACCCAGUCCCUGGAGUCCUGUGGCCGUUUCCCACAGUAAUAAAUCCUGCUGUAAACUUAGGACAAAUGUGUCCUAUUGAAAAUGAGGAGUGGGGUCUUCUUUGAGUCCCCUGGUCACUGUUGGUGUGUGGGAACCGAUCUCCCGAUGCUGCCACGCUCCUCAUCUCACUGGCACUUUGAUAACUGUCUGGACAUAUAAAUGGGUAUGUUGGGUUAUAAAGGGUGAACCACAGCGUACAUACAGCCCUCGAUGCAGUUUAGAGGUCUAGUGCUGUACGUCUUCUGUCCCCCUUUCCCUUUGAGGUACUGAAUGGAUGAAAAAGAGAUGUAGUGGGUAUUGAUGUUUUGGGGGAAACCUUACUUCCCAAGUGGAAAUUGCACUUUUUGCUAAAUUCUUGGCUUUCUUUGGUAGCAAGCAGCUCAUUCAGUAUCAGGCCCCUAAAGGACUAGGCUGACCAGGCCAGGGGAGCCCUUGUGGCUCAACUUCAGAGGAGGCUUUGGCUCUGUAGGUCUGAAUCAGGGAAGCCAUGCUGUCCCUAGGGUGGAGAGGGAAGCUGGAUUCAGUGGAUUGCCCCGCAACCCAUGCACAUCUCUGAGAGAGGUCUAUGACUUUGUUCAGUGAUCCUGUGGGCCAUACCCUUCCUACUCUAGUUUGUCUGGAAACCAUUGUGAUGGGCUUCUGAGGCUCAAAUCCCAGGCAGACGCUUAGCCCUGCCCACUUCUCUGCCCUGGAGAUGAGGAGUUUGCAGGGAAUUUAGAGGAAAGGACUUGGCCCCGAAAACCCUUCAAAUGAUUAAAACAACAAUAAUUAUAAGCAUGUUGUAUAAAAAAAGCAAAAUCCAGAAACCAUCCUCCCUUCUGCCUGGUAUGGGCUUGGGAGGGCAGUGGCCCCAGCCAACCACUCUCGGAUAUUACCCCCAAUGCUGGGAGGAGGGCUUGUGGUAGAGAGGCCUGGAAUUCCAAUAGGCAGGUCACACGUAGGUCAUGAUGCUUCUCUGCGGCCUGGAGAGGACUGGGGACAGAGCCAGUGGGGCAGUAAGGGUAUUUAUAGCACAGUGUUGGAAAAGGGAAGAUUCAUGUGUAAAUAAAGAGGACAGGUGGGGUGAAGUUGGCCAGAGGCAAGAGGAGGGUGCUUCUGAGCUUCCACCCCAAAUCCCUCCUAGGAACAAUGAACUAAAAUUUGAAAAGUUCAGUGGAAUCAUGUGGGGAUGGUUUUCUCUCCCCUGGCUAGUUUUUGGAAACUCCAUGCCGAAAAACAGCCAGUGUGGGGUCGGUGGCAAUGAGACAGCUUAAGCUUGGUGGCCAGCCAGUGUGGGGGAGUCAGGCCAUUAAUGUCUUCUGCCAAGAGCAGAGACUUUUGCCUCCAAAGGAGAAACUAGUGAUGGACAUUUGAGCUCUGUUCACUGUGGCUGUAGAGUGACCUCUAGCCAGACUUUGGCAUAAUUGAUUCCACUGGAUUUGAGCUUUGAAAAGUCAGAGGCUCCCGGAGGUCGGGGUGGGAGUCUUCUAUGCAGCUGAUUCAUAUUUACUUUUCAUCUGGGAUGGAAAAGCUUGGUUUUCUUUUAAGAUGCUUGAUUGCGCUUGUUUAGCUAAACAAGUCUUGGCGACUGAUGCUGAUUGGCCUCAAAAGUCCAAGUUCUGAGUUUUCAGACUACUGUGUAGCAGUUGUGUGUUUAACAUACUGUAGGUUUUUCUCCCUCGGGGGCACAUAUGAAUAGGAAGUGUUGAUGUGGACUCUAAACUGUAAUUUUCUUGUAACUAUUUUGGAAUGAUGCAUAUUUCUAAUGUUUGUUAUACUUGUACAGAGUAUUGCUGUCGGUUGCUUUUUUUUUUUUUUAAGGAAAAAAUGGCCUGAAUA